UGUCACAAACGUGACAACAUAAAUACUCCAAGAACUCUCCUGACUUUCCCUUCACAUCGAUCUAAGAGAGAGAGAGAGAGAUGUUGGCUAUAUUUCACAAGGCUUUUGCUCAUCCGCCCGAGGAGCUCAACAGUCCUGCAUCUGACAAUGACUCUAAGCAACCUAAACUUCCUGAGGAAACUCUCAACGAUUUCCUUUCUCAUCAUCCUCGUAACAUGACUUCCUUCAUGACCUUUGGAGAUGCAGCCGUGCUUGCUUAUGCUGGGCAAGACCCUCCUUGUCCACUCCAUCAAAGGUUGUUCUGUGGGUUUGAAGAUAUAUAUUGCCUCUUCUUGGGGAGCUUGAACAACCUAUUCUCACUGAAUAAGCAGUAUGGUCUUUCAAAGGGCAGUAAUGAAGCCAUGUUUGUGAUCGAAGCCUACCGCACACUUCGUGACAGGGGUCCAUACCCAGCUGAUCAGGUUAUCAAGGAUCUUGAUGGCAGCUUUGCCUUUGUUGUCUAUGAUAGCAAGGCUGGAACUGUCUUUGCUGCACUGGGUUCUGAUGGUGGUGUUAAACUUUACUGGGGUGUUGCUGCUGAUGGCUCUGUGGUGAUUUCUGAUGAUUUGGAAAUCAUCAAAGCUGGCUGUGCCAAAUCAUUUGCCCCCUUCCCAACAGGGUGUAUUUUCCACAGCGAGGAAGGAUUGAUGAGCUUUGAGCAUCCGAUGAACAAGAUGAAAGCCAUGCCCAGGGUAGACAGUGAAGGGGCAAUGUGUGGAGCCAACUUCAAAGUUGACAAGUACACAAGGGUCAACAGCAUUCCACGUGUCGGAAGUGAAGCCAAUUGGACCCACUGGGAUUCACAUCAAGCUUAAAUGUUGACAGUGUGCUUUCGUCUUUUUAUAGUUUGUUCGUCUCUCUUUUCUUUGUUCGUUUUUUUUUUUCCAUGAAUGGUUCUCCCAAAUAAAAGAUGAAAAGGAAAACGUGCCAAAAAGUUAAUAGACAUAUGUCUUUUCAA